CCCCUUUCGCCCACGUAACCCGACCGACGAGCUAGCCGCCCAUUAAAUCUCAUUGCGUCAUCAAUGAAUGAAUGACGUGUGUGGCACCGACGAGCCACUGUACGUACGUAUGUAUGCGUAGGGGGAGAGGGGAAUGCAUGGGUGGAUGGAUGGAUAAAGGAGCCGUAACAAACCUCACACAAUACACAGACAGAUACAGAUACAGACACAGGCAGAGGGAGAGGGAGAGGGCCGGCCGUGUGUAUGCAUGUCGAUCGUACCACACCGGCCAGCUAAACGGCGAAUUGGUAUGAAGCCAUUCAUGGAUCCGUCACCAGACAAUGCGUCAAAGGCACGGCAUGCGUGUAGGCAAGAAAGACCACAAACACACGGGACAUUCUGGCGGAAGCGACGGAGAGAAUUGGCAGAUAGAGAGAGCGUGUGCGCGCGGUGAGGGUGGAAAAGCCGCGAGAAACAACACGAGACCACUAGAUCAAAACCUCCAGACAGAGAUGAGAAGGAGUGUGCAACAAGAGAGAGUCAGCUGAGCCCAUCCGCAUCUCUCCCUUCUCCCUGGCCCGGCCCACCAACUGAUACUUGCUCGGUACUCUUUCUGGCUGGUCAUUGUCCGUGCUGUUCACUACCGGUAACCGUAAAACCACGGACGGACGGACGGACGGACGGACGCUUCAAGUGUUGCUGGCCUGGCUAAUUCCUGACAUGAAAGACCAACUAUUUACCUGCCAGUAAGAACGGCCAACUAGCUGCACUAGCUGAGAUCCUCUUCUGCCUGCCUGCCUGCCUGCCUGCCGGUCUGUCUGUUUGUUUGUCUGUCUGCCUUUGCAGCUAAGACGCAUGGGCACACAGGCAGCAACAGCAAGUGACGAAUUGACCGAAUGAGCGAGGGAGGGAGUGGGUGGUGGGUCGGGUCACCAGGGCUGGCUCGAUACGUAAGCACGAAGAGAUGCAAAACCGCCUUAUCAGGUUGUAGAAGCGACGUUGGCUUAGUGAGAGGGAGAGAGAGCGUCAGAGAGGGUGCUCUUGUGAUAGUGAGUCCGUAUGCACAACAUCAGCAUCAGAAUGAAUGCGAGAGUGCGUGUUUCCAUCACGACAUCACACACAAAGGUUAAGACACACACAUCCAUCCAUCCACAACACAUACAAACACAUGCACACCUAUGUAAGAAACGCGCCAACGUACAACGGUCACCUCACCUCGCCAUCCACCGUGGCCGGUAAAAAACAACAGCAGCCACCGUUUGCUGGAUGGGGAAAAGGAACAUUGCCCAGCUGGAAAAGCCGGCUGUCUGGUCGGUCAUCAAAUCCAGCAGAUAGAUAGAUACAGGGGAGGGUAGGAAGGAAGCAGCAAGCAAGAGAAGAGGAGGAGGAAACCCAUGCAAAGAAAGCAUCACCCACCCGUCAUUCAUUGUCUUCUGCUACACAGCCAAGACACACCACACCACACCCCACACCACCCCAUCACGCCACGCCACGCCACGCCACGCCACGAAAACCCCCGCUCACACCGACAGCCGCCCCGUCUUACGUUAUCCCACCACACACUACCACCUUCAUCUCGGCCAUCCCUCGGUCGCCCCUCACGCCCUGUGCAUGGGUGUGGUGCCGGUCUCGCCCGCGAGCGCCUUGUUCCUGGUCAUCAGGAAGGCGGGAAAGCCCUCCUCGGCGUCGGUGUCCAGGUCGAUCAGCUUCAUGAUGGUGUCAUGGAUCGUCUUGGCGUACUUCUGGGCCAGCGAACGGGACACAAAGUUGGAGGCAUACUGAACAACACACAGAGAAAGAGAAAGACAAGAGGAGGAAGUGCGCGUACAGAACGGGUGUGGUGUUUGCUGUGCUGUGUGUCCGUUUCUCAACUGCAGCGACCAGUUGAGUCUGCCCGAGAUGGUGACCAGGUUGUGCAAGAAGAGGUGGUUGCCCACGCCGUGCUGGCUCACGCACGACCAGCUGCUCUCGAUCUCCAUCUCGAAGUCGCCCCCGCCCCUCACCUCGCUGUCACUGCCGCUGUCCAUGCUGUCGACGUGCUCGUGCAGGAUCGAACGAGGCGAGUCGAUCGACGUGUGGACGAUGGUGGGGGUGCGGGGGUAGCGCGACAGCCCGGCCAGCAUGGUGGGCUUGCGGGGGCCGCGAGCCGACGCGCCGUUGCCCUUGCGCAGGUCCGUCGUGUCCCAGUUGCCCGUAUUCUGAAGAUCACAUCGCACACAACACACAUAUCAAUGCAGCGAGGGAGGGAGGGGUGCGUGUGUGUUUGCUUGCGUACCGAGAUGAGGAACACCGAAGGGCGUGCCUUGGGGGCCAGGAGCUCGAGCAUCUUGUCCAGCCGCUCGUUCUCCAUGUUGUUUUUGAGGAACUUGGUCACCACGUCCCAGUCGGAGCAUGCGUUGGUCGGGCUCGGCCGGUCCACCUUGCUGUGGAUGCUCGUG